CUGAAAGUAAUGAUGAAGAAAUGCCAGAGGAGGAGGGAGAAGCGGAUGACAGGAGUGGCAAAUCAACGUCUCCAGUGACUGCGUCGUUGAGUAUGGAAACGGCCGCCGGACCAGUGUACGGUGGGCACCAAGUGCAGAAAAGCAUUGACCUUCCCACUGAAAAUAACGACGUGCGGCCCACUGGAACCGGAACCACCGGCGCGGAGGAAAGCCUCAGCCUCGAGGCGGGGGAAAGAAAUUCCGAGGGAAAAAUGAACUCAGACAGCAGCCUCACUCCUUCAGGGAUUGACGCCGAACCGAGAUCCGCGGAGGACACCGACAACAUCUCUUGGACUGAGAGGGCCGAAUUUUCUUCUGGAGAAGGCAAGGAGGUGCCACAGACGGUCGACACCGCACCGGCUAAUACAAACACCACGCCUGGAGGCGAAGGGAUCCCCUCAACAAAAGGCGCGGCACGACACUCGGACAACGACACCUUCACCGGGGAAAUUGCGGAGUUGCUGUCCAUGGGUCUGAACCGUGACAGCACCGUGCAUGUGUGUGUGUCUCGGGUGUUGUUGCUGCUUCUGGGGCUGUGGGGCACUGCGGCUCUCUGCUGA